AUGAUCCCUGUACCAUCACCUCCUCAAGACAUUAUAUCAUCAGUACGAUUAGCUCCUGAAGGCUCUGUAUUGCUCACCACAUCAUGGGAUAGUACCUUAAGAAUAUAUGAUGUUCGUCACAAGACGUCUCAUGCUUUAUAUAGUACCAUGCCAUGGGACAAUGUGUUGCUAGAUUCCGUUUGGGAUACGACACAGGAUAACAGACUGGCUUAUGUUGGAGGAUUUGGGAAGAAUGUAUAUGGAGUGGAUGUGCAGAAUGGUAGAGCGUGUCAAGUGGGCCGGCCCCACGAGCAGGCUGUCAAGUCACUGGUUUAUCAUAAGAGUACUCGAACAGUACUUUCCGGGUCACUGGAUAAAACAAUUCAACAAAUAGAUAGUCGGGCAUCACAAUGGGAGAAAUCACCGGUAGUGAAAUUGCCGGGUAAAGUAAUUUCAAUGGAUAGUAAUGAUGCUGAUGAAAGCAGCGGGAACUAUUUGGCAGUGGCCAUGAGUGGAAUGUGCGUACAGGUUUACGACAUGCGACAAAUGAGAGAACCAAUGUUGUACAAAAAAACGCCAUUUGUUUAUCCGAUUCGGUCUCUGAGAUGCAUUUUGCAUGGUCUCCCAGGAGUGGGCCCUGGGUAUGCAGUGUCGUCGCUAGACGGGAAAGUCACGUUUGGGUACUAUCGAGAAUCAGACCAAGACGAAGAAUUUACAUUCAAGUCACACCGAAUCCAGAUGGAAGGAUCCAAAGAUAAGAUUAUGCCAAUAAAUGCGUUGACAAUGCGCCCAGACUCGACGAUUUUCUUCACUGGUGGAUCUGAUGGCCGAGUAAUGGCGUGGGACUAUGCUACACAUAAGCGGAAGGCUUUUGAAAAUCAUAUGCCUGGUGCAGUAGUGGCACUAGAUGUGGAUCGUAGGACAGGACAGAAACUUGCUGUUGGAGUGAGUGACGAUUCAUUUCGCGCGGAUCCGGUGGGCGCUGGCCAGACUGCGGCGCAAAGCAACUUGUUUAUACAGUAUCUAUCGGACUUGACGUUUUAA